GGCGCUCGGUCGGCCCCUCAGUCGAGCGGUGCCGGCAGGAUGGUGCAGUUGCAGCGGUUCAUCGCGGGCGGCUACUUGUGGCUGGCGCUGGGCUUGUGGGCGCCGGCGGGGCUGGCGCUGCCCGAGGUGCUGUUCCGUUGCCCGCCGUGCACCGCCGAGCGCCUGGCCGCCUGCUCCCCUCUGCCGCCCGCCUCGGUUGGACCGGGCUCGGUCGCCUGCCCGGAGCUGGUGCGGGAGCCCGGCUGCGGCUGCUGCCCGGUCUGCGCCCGCCUCGAGGCGGAGCCCUGCGGGGUCUACACGCCGCGCUGCGCCUCCGGGCUCCGCUGCUACCCGCGUCCCGGCGCCGAGCUGCCUCUCCAAGCUCUCAUGCAGGGGCAGGGCACCUGCGCCCGGCGGAGGGACGCCCCCGAGUAUGGCACCGCCAGCGUCGAGCACCGAGGGACCGAUGAUGAACAUCCCGAAGUAUCCCUUGCAGAGAACCAUGUGGAUAAUACUGCCAGUGUGGUGACUGGAAGUGGCGUGAGAAAAGUGAAAAAUGACAAGGAGUUGGCCGUAGUACGUGAGCGGGCAAACGAGCAGCAGAAGCAGAUGGGCAAACCUGCCAAGCACCACCCCCACCUUGAGCUACGGCCAACCUCUCUCAGGACUUCUUGCCAGCAGGAAUUGGAUCAGGUCUUGGAACGCAUCUCAACCAUGCGACUGCCAGAUGAGCGCGGUCCAUUGGAACACCUCUAUUCCCUGAAUAUCCCAAACUGUGACAAGCAAGGCCUUUACAAUCUCAAACAGUGCAAGAUGUCAGUGAAUGGCCAGCGAGGAGAAUGUUGGUGUGUUAAUCCCAACACUGGGAAAACGAUUCAGGGGGCCCCUACCAUCCGAGGAGAUCCUGAAUGCCACCUCUUCUACACUGGGCAUGAGCAAGAGGACCGAGGAGCACAUGUGAACUAGAUGGACAUGUUCCUACUUACUGGCAGGCAGGUUAGCCGAGCCCUAGUGCUGGAUUUUACAUGGGUUUUCAAUGCAUUUGUUUUGUGUUUUUAAUUCCAAGAGAUCUUAGCUUUUGUUGACUUCACAUGCCUCUUGGUUGCUUGCACAACUGGCUGGCUGGGUAGGGACUGGCUUCUCGCCUUUUCUGCUGAAAAGUUGAGAAUGAGCACCUUUCCUGUUCACUAGCAGCCUUGCCACAAGCAAGCAGUACAAAGAGCUUAAUGGGAGAAGCGGCAGAGCUGCCUUCUCGGCUGUACAGUCCUUCACCCACCACCGCCUCCCACCUCUCUAAAUAACCAAGGGUUAUUUACCUACCAGGCUGAAAGAGAGAAUCUGUCUCAACCACUUCCCAGUCCAGACAUACACCAAAGAUUGUAAAUACCGCUCGUUGCCUGAGCUCUGACAAACUGUUCCUUUUGGUCCCCUUUUGGCAUGAUAGUGGGUUGCUAGCACAUGUGAAGGGUAAAGAGAUUCCCUCGUCCAGCACACCUUCUGCUGGAAUGCCACUUUCCAUCUUGGGAGGCCUGGGCUGGAAGACAGCUAUACCUGGCCACCAUAUUUCCCCCACAAGUCAUUGCACUUAGCAUGAAGUACAAUCCCCCUUAACUCAUUCAUUAAGAAUUUUCUUCCAUGAGCUGAGGGACAACACUAGCCUUUUGCAUAUGCCUUGCAUUGCCUUUAUAGCCUUAAUCCCAAGAAGCGCCAAACUUUAAUACCUAUGGGUCAUCCUUUCCCAGAUUAGUCAUAGCAACAUUUUAAAAGUGGGAUGGGGUUUUGGGGGGACAGAAUUCUGGGUUUUUUCCCCCUAAUGAGCUAAAACCCAUUUAAAACCCACACUUGUGAGCUGCUGCCACCAACCCUCCUUUUUGUUAAAAAAUACCAUGGAGCUGAGAGAGAUGUGCUGUUGAACAUUCAGCUCCCCAGACUGGAUUGAUGUUGCUCUGAGAUGGUUUCACACUCUUGUUUUGUUUCUGCUAUAGAGCAUGCAAAUGCUGGGAAGGACUUAGCAGCUGCACAGGCAAUGAUGUUUUCAUGUAUUAGAGAUACCAGUUUGUAUUUACAGGACGAUGGAUAGAGUCAUACACAUUGUAAUUGUUGGAGGCUGGGUAUUUUUGUUUUGUUUAAACAAUGCAAUAUAUUUGAGAAGAAAAGCUGAUAGACAUACCUUUCCUCCUUUUGUGAAAGAGUCAUGAGUAACUAUGAGCAGCAGGGACUUGAGUGGGCUUUUUCUUUUUCACUCGAGAUGGUAUAGUCUUCCUCAGGAGAAAGGCUUGUGUCAUACAACAUCCAUGAGCAGUGUGAUACUCAUGGACCAAGAUUUCCUGCCUCUCCUUGCAGCAGCCCCCUGAAAUAUUGUUCAUAGGCACUAGCAGGCUCACAUGAGCAUCAUAAGGAUUUGCAGUGAUGGGGGGGGUCAGCAAAUAUCACCCCCCCUCCUUUGUCAUUGGAAACAGAUGGCAGGAGACGAGCCAUUGGCUUUAUGCCUCAUUUUCACAUGCUGCUGUUGGUCUGAAACAACCCCCUGUGAAAAUUGUCAAUUACCAUCUCUGAGAGAAAACUUCUAAAAACUUCCUGUUGGUGAGUUACCACUUACCACUCUAGAUACAAAUAUAUGUAAACCCUGCCCUAAGAGGACUGGACUAUAGGAAUUCACUUUUAGUUUGAUUUGCAAGGCAGGGAUUAUCUGCAAGAAAAGGAGUGAGAUUUAAACAUUAUGGCAAAACAUACAGCCACCAGCUGAGGGGCCAGUUCACAUGUUACAAAGGCCUUGUAGCUGGUAUGGGGACUUUGGGUCACAUGCACACGAAGUUCCAUAUUUCCUGUCUCGUUGAUGGUCAUGAAGAUUUUGUAACAGGAGAAUCUUCUGACAUUGGCUACUUGAUUAUGCCACAGUGGGAAGCCAAAGUUGGGUGAAGUUGCUGGAUUAGCUCCACAAGAGUGAGCAGGGGCAUGCGAGAAAAUGACGGGAACAUCCACAUGCACUGGAGAAGCUGUCCACUGUCCAAAGCUGGACCAGUUGAAUGACAGGUGGCAGAGGAGAACCUGUUGCAAAAGAAGAUGGCUGUAAUGAAGGCCAUCUCAUACCCACAUGGUGAUGCAAAUACCCUAAGAUACUCUUUGUCAUGUAUGACAAAAAGAAUUUUUUGCUCAGCCUAUCUCAUCUCCCCAAGCUCGGCAUUAACAUUUUGGAAUUCUACACUCAUCCCUGAGCAAAUAAUUUCUAUCCACUUUAAUUUACUUUACUAUUCCAGUUCAUUUAGGACCGAAUGAGAACAGUUGGACUUGUGCCUUGAUGGAGAAUUUCACCUGUUCCUCAAACUUUCAAUGAUGGUUAUAGCUACACUGAGAACAUCAAGAGAUCUAUAGGUGAUGGGAGUGUCGUUGGAGUAUCCCACCUCCAUGGGAAACACUCAGAUUUCACAUUGCAAAGCCUAAUAAGAAAAAUUGGUGCUUUUUAAAAAUUGGACUGCUUUUCCAUGUAAACCUUGCAAGCAUCAGCUCUCAAUUGCAAUUUGUACCUGUAGAGAAAUCACAGAGCUUUUCUUUUCUCUUUUUUGAUUGCUGAACUGUGAGAAAGUUGGAAUAAAUUAAAUGGGAUGCCAAAAACAA